AUGUCUCUCUUUUCCCUUCAAUGCUGUGGGCAGAAACGCAAGCAGGCCAUCGAGGAGCCUGCUCAGCAAGCCGAUCCCCAAGCUACCACUGAAGUCAUAAAUCUUGAACAUAUCAGAGCCUCCCCUCAGCGUCGUAGCACCGAUAUCGGUUCCGACAUAGACGACACUGCGCUCGCUCCUGCGAAUGGGUUCCUCGCUGGCAACUUUCACCUACCGACAUACCGACCCAACAACGAAGUCCCUCAAUUCUUCUCCCCUGCAAACUGGGUAUUGCUGACCAUCUCGGACGUAUUGUCCACCAUGCGCAAAGAUUCUCAUCUUGCACGCUGCGUUCUUUUUGAAACCGCCCGGCUCCAGCGAUCUUUAUUUUCCGUGGGGCUGGUGAAGCUUUCCCUGGACGCACGCGCCGUUGACAUGCAGCUGAUCGAAUUGGACAAAGUCUUGAGAAAAGGAGAUGAACUGAUCCAAGGCGACUGGGGCGAAGAAAGUCGGGAGAAGCAAGACCGUAUACUCAAAGGAGAACGAUUUCAGAAAGCUCUUCGUACAGCCAAGAAGUCACUUCUGGAGUUAGAAAAGGGUUUUAAUGACCAGAUCCUUGGCGAGCUAAAGAAUGGCAUGCAGAGCAAAGAAAUUAUUGACUGGGACCAAAUGGUCGGGAAAGUUAGAAACCUGAGUAAUGAGAUACGACAGGUUUAUAAUAAAGUGCAGAGUAUAUAUCGCCAGGAGCAGGAAAAGGCGAGAGCACUGGUGAAUAUUUAG